AUGUUGGAAGGCAUUAACCUCAUCUCCUGCAACUUCUCCCGUCUUCCUCUUCCUUUUAAACCCUCGAGACGAGCCCAAUCCCUCAGAGAAACCCAAAACCUCACUUUUAUACAACCAAGAGCUUCUUCAUCUUCGCCAUUUCUAAAACCCGAUCAAAUCCUCCUUACGCGUUUCCCAAAGCACGAGAAGAAAGGUUUCCUCCACGUGUGCAAAAGCUCACUAAACAACCCAGAUCCAGAGAAAACCCAAAUCAAAGAUGAAUCAAGAGAUUGGACUAGCUCGAUAUUGCUUUUUGCGCUUUGGGGUGCGCUUUUGUACUAUUGCUUCAAUCUUGCUCCUGAUCAAACACCAACACAAGACUUGUACUUUCUUAAAAAGCUGCUGAAUUUGAAAGGCGAUGAUGGUUUUAGAAUGAACCAGAUACUUGUUGGGUUAUGGUACAUAAUGGGUUUAUGGCCUUUAGUAUAUGGCAUGCUCUUGCUUCCCACAGGUCGAAGUAAGACUCAGGCUUGGCCUUUCGUUGUGCUUUCGUUCUUCGGUGGCGUUUACGCUUUACUACCUUAUUUUGCUCUGUGGAAUCCUCCUUCUCCUCCUGUUUCAGAGGAUGAACUUCGACAAUGGCCUUUGAAUAUUCUUGAAUCAAAAUUAACCGCUGCAGUGACUCUUUUUGCAGGACUUGGUAUAAUUCUCUAUGCUGUAAUUGGUAAUGGCGGUGACUGGAAAGAGUUUUACCAGUACUUUCGAGAGAGCAAAUUCAUUCAUGUCAUGAGUCUUGAUUUCUGUUUACUCUCUGCAUUUGCUCCGUUCUGGGUUUACAAUGACAUGACCACCAGAAAAUGGUUUGAUAAAGGACGUUGGCUUUUACCUGUAACCGUUGUGCCAUUCUUGGGACCUUCUUUGUAUCUUCUUCUACGACCUGCACUGUCAGAAACAACAGCUCUCACAGAUUCUGCAUCAUCAGAUCCAAAUCAAUAG